AAUCAAAUCAGUUAGUUCUAUGCGCUUGCUACAGAAGCAGCACCUGCACCGCUUUCGGAAAGUGUCUCUGUUAUUUCAGAUAUCAUUUCUGCCCGUUAAGUGGAGUGAUUCUAACAGACGAAGUCGUGUAUAAAGACUCAACACACUUACAAACACGUAUGAUUUCUAAAGUUGUGUUGGGACUUGCAUCGUGUGGUAAUGUGUUUAAAGGCUGUGACAACUCCGCAUGGCAUGCCGUCGAGGCCGACAACAGCAGCUCGAGCAGUCAGGUCACCAUGGUGAAGACGUUUCAGGCCUAUUUACCACAAUGCCAUCGCACCUAUUCCUGCAUCCACUGCCGGGCCCAUUUAGCGAAUCACGACGAGCUUAUUUCGAAGUCAUUCCAAGGCAGCCAAGGACGGGCGUAUUUGUUCAACUCGGUAGUAAAUGUCGGAUGCGGCCCAGCAGAAGAAAGAGUGCUGUUGACAGGACUGCAUGCCGUCGCCGAUAUCUACUGUGAAUGCUGCAAAACGAUACUUGGCUGGAAAUACGAGCACGCGUUCGAAUCCAGCCAGAAAUACAAGGAGGGUAAAUUCAUCAUCGAACUAGCUCAUAUGAUCAAGGAAAAUGGAUGGGACUGACUAUUCUACGUACGUGACGACGCAAUCAGAAGCAGCGCCAUCUCACAUCAUGUUACCGAAGAAAACGUUAAUGAUAAGCUAUUCCUCACACGCAUAUAAGGGUAUAGUGUAUAACACAAACUUUUGUUUUCUCGAUUGGACCUAAGCGAGAACGGUAGUGCUCGGGGAUGUACAAGUGAACACUAUAGUGUAUUUGAUGGUGUCCUCCUUGAUUGCAUCGUUUACAAGUUUUAAUUUUGAGGAUUUCGUUCUUUUGAAGAAUGUCUGGGCGAGUUUAUAUAAUGUAUCAUUAUUAUAAGUAGAGAAUAAGUAAUGUAAAUGUGUCGAUUGAUUGGGUAUAGUUUCUAGCGCGCCUAACUGACUGAAAAUGAAUCUCAGUGUAGGUAUUCGAAAAACGAAAUUACGGAUAGGUUGAAAAGAAGAACCUUCAAAAAAAUAUAUAUAUACACACCAAGUAAAAAUGCGUUCAAAUGCUCCACCUUUUAAACAUGUGCUCAAUGUCAUACACGCAUCCAUAUCAUAUUUUAUUACUAUAAUCUAGUACUAUGGAUGUUAAAUUCGAGGCAUGAUCGGAUUCCAACAGAAUUUUACCAAUUAGUUUCGUGACUCAUAUCUGGUCAUUUAAUUUCCUAGAUUAUGAAAAUUUUGUCGCUCAUUUCAUUAGUUUUCAAAGGUUUAUUUGCAAUAACCAAAAGUUUUACCGUUACUUCAUAAAAUUCCAUUAUCGAUAAAAUAUGGCAUUAAAUUCCUCUCUGGAUAAUUCAUUUUAAACUGGAUAUCGUUAUUCGAGAAAUGUUGUGAAGAAAAUAAUGCAAACAUCGCUCGAAGUUUCUAUUAUGCAGGUUGUAUGUAAAAGGCAACCUUUCCUAGGAUGAAACUUACCUCAGUAUGAAGUUUGGUUUCCAAACUGAAUUCUUCAGUCUAAGGUUACAGUGUUUUGCUGAGCAGUAACAGUGAUCACUGUAAUAAAGAGGAUUUGAAUAUUAAAUUAAAUUUUGAAAGCCUGCACUCAUUAACAUCAAUAAAAUAUAAUUAAAACUGUUUUUGAAAGCGAUUACACAAAAUGAGCUUUGUAAUGAAAAAUGCGCACUGAGAAGUGUAUUACAAGGACAUCAGACAAACAGUUUGUGUAUGGAUACGAGCGAAAAAUCGAAAAGAUACAACCAAAAAUGAACUAUCCGGAACUUCAAAUCAUUUAUUUAAAGAAUAAGCUGGAUUCGCUAUGUAAGGACCAAAAUGAUCAUCGUGAAAAAUUCUCGGAUAAAUGAGUCUGAUAAAAUUCGAACGUCAAUAGAUUCUGAGGUGGUGCGGAGGCGUAUAGAUGUUCACUGCUUUUUGUCGAUGUCAAUUUUUUCCAAUGUUGAAUCGAUCAAGAAAAUAAGGAUGGCAAAACUAAUUUUACCAAGUUGGGGAUGGUCAUCUGAUAGAUCUUAUAAAAUGUCACUGCAAAUGGCCAAGUUUUGGGUGGAGUCAGUGGCGAAUAUAAUCAAAAUUUCAAUUAGUAGCAACUUGGAUAAAUUUGAUUCUCAAAACUUCAUUCUUCUCCCAUAAUUUAAACAUUUUAGGACAUAAGAAACAUAAUCUGAGGAAUAGUUUCAUCUCCAGUAAUUGGAUUGCUUUUAAUACAUAUAAAAAUUAUUUGCAAUGCCUCCAUUCAAACCUUGGCGAUCAAAAUUUACCUAACGCUCUUUUUUUUCAGUUAAAUCGACAAUAUAUACGCGGGUAUUUCAGACAAUCAUAUCUAUUUUUUCAUUCUAUUUUUGGUAAUCUUCGAAAAUAAUAAAACAUUGGGGCUCCUACAUUCAUUCGAUCUAUUUUUUCAUCUCAAAUUCGAGUUUGAUAUUGGAUAAAAGAUGGCAAACGUUUUUUGAGCGUAGACUCAGAUCUUGACCCUUGCAAAAGCAUACUGUGGUAGAAAAACUGUGUCUGUGGUAAAGAAUCUGUGGUAAAUGAUCGAAAACUGUGCAAGGAAACUGCACUGUGCACUGCUAUAUUGUUCAUAUUUAUAAUAAUUAUUAUUAUACAUGUAGAAUUGUCAUUAUUGUUGGUGGUCUGCAUUUUUAUAUCCUCAUUCUCCUGGAGGGAUCACUCAAAUUAUGGAAUUAUACGUAUUUAGAGUUUAACCAAUGCAUAAAAUAGGUCAUGACGGCAACUAUAAUUUCAUAAAUCAUCAAUUUGUAGAUUGAAAUUUUCAAACAAUACUAUUUUUCAUUGGACAAUAAAAAAGAAAUAUGAAGUUGAAGAAUAAAUUGCAUAGAAAUUUAAAAAGCUGAUGAAAUAGAAAAAAAAAUCUCAUAUGGGGGAAGAACAGAUUUGAAAAUUGCCACUAUUCAACACAUUUUAUUGAUUGUUGGUAGUCAUGACAUAUUUUAUGCAUAAAUUAUUGGUGUAUAAGAUGAAAUACAACUGCAACUACAGUUUACUAGAGGUUUAGAAUUAAGCAUUCGACAUAUAAGAUUCAAAUCGAUUUUAUUAUAAUACAUUAUUACGAAAAUGAUUGCAAUCAAAAUUGAAUUUUAUGUUGCAUGAUUUGGUAUAAUUCACAUCGUCGGCGGUCAUUCAGCAUAUGACACAGAUCUCAGAUUCUUAAGUUUAUUGGUCCAAAUGAUUUGUAAGGAUAAAAAGUAGUAUUUAAACAUUUUCGAUGUUGAUCAAUGUUCAAGCUACAGUGGGAACACAUCAGAGUGGAGCGAUUGAAAAGAACUGGAAACAAAAUUCAGUGGUAGGUGUUGUUGGUCUUAGAUGGUGCUUCUAACAAUAAUAAUAUCUAAAUCUAUAUAUUUGCAAUAUGUAUUCUGUUAAGAGUGAACGUAGAGAACAGUGGUGUAUCAUGAACUUUAUCGCAUUGUUGUUUUCAUGUAGUCUAUUUUGUAUUACAGAUUAUAUUAAUCUGAGUCGAAAAUUUUUGUAGGAAUCUAAGGGAGAAUCAUAAUGGGGUGAAGUUCACUGAAGUGUGUUUUCUAAAUAAUGUUUGUGAUAGUUAUGUGAUAUAAUUUUUUCUUGAGUGGCAACAACUUACGGAGCUUACAACUCACGCAGUUUCAAGGACUUUGGGUGGUGAAAAAGUCCAAUUGAAAAUAGUAUCCUUUCAGCAAUUCAGUUCUAUCAAUGGAAAUUACUGAAAGUUGUUGGCAUAUACAUAAUAAGGCUCAGCUAACAUUAUUUCAGAUAUGAUUUUCCUGAUUCAUGAAACCAAUCGUUUGACAGAAACUAAGUGAUAUAUACUCUCCAAACAAAAAGAGUAAUUCUCCAACCAUUGAUGCAUCUGAACCACCCAAAGUUUCUUCAUUACACAAGUUUUAGAGACAAGAACCAUAAUACUUAUCUUCAAUUCAUAUAAAUGCGGCCACUCGCUCUUUUAAGUUGAGUCCUAUUUGUAAAACAUGAGUUACAUCAUUAUUGAAUCAUAUUGUCUCAUUGCAUUCAUACUGCCAGUAGCGUUAGUGUUGUCAUUAAUAUUAAUAUUCGACAUGAUAAACUUUUAUGUUUAAAUUUUCUAUUGUCCUUAGUCAAAUGUAAUAACUGAUGAAUUCAUAUUUAUGACAUGAAUUACAUUUAUUUUCGAGUAUUUCUGGAUUAUGAGUACGAUUCAAUAAAUCCUACUAUAUUUAAA